AGAACAGCUGUCUCCACCAGUGCUGCAAAAUUCCCCCAUCAGUGUGGCGUGCUGUUUAAAAUCAGAGUGACUUGGAAAGGUAGUUUUGUAGUCCUUGCGGCUUUGUUCAAAAUGCCUCACAAACGCAAGUCCCGACUUAAUGUGAACCAAAAGAACUCCGCCACGCGACGUGUCCAAUCGGCCAUCCCGUCGACAACUCGGCCUCAUGUCACAACCGAAUCCUGCUUUAGUAUAGACGUGGAGAUCCCGAUUCCGGACAGUUCUAAGAUAAGAAGUGGCGGCUUGCCGUUCAGGAGACACUUUCCGGUGCACAAGCUUGCCGUGCCGCAGUACAAUUCGACCGUCCGCAAGCAGGACGAGAUUCACUUCAUAACCCAGAUGCUGGCAGACACUAAUGUUUCGCCUGAAGCUGCGGCAGCCAUUGCUCCAAAGGUAACCCAGAAGAUGAACUUUCCGCCGGACAAGACUGUUUUCAAGGAUCUGGUGCCUUUGAAUGUCAACGACUCCGUGCUGGAGCCGCUCAAGCUCAAGCGCGGGGCCUCAAAGGACAAGCAGUCCAAGGAAUCGGAGCCAAGCAAGGUCAGCAAUGAGCCCCAACUAGCCGACUAUGUUGAGAAGGUGGAACCCAUUGCAAUGACUAUUAAGGAACCCGAGUUACGAUUGGACUAUACACAGGAACCCUUCGAUUUUCUCGGCGCUUACAAGAAGGUCUACCAUUAGAGUUACAUUUUUAUUAUAAAUAUAUCCGAGUCGCAUACAA